AUGCUGUUCUCUAUGAUGUGCUGUGUUCUGGGAUUUUCCCUGCUGCCGCUCCUCCUGUUUCCCAGCCCUGUGCACUCAUGCCCCACCCGCUGUGAGUGUUCUGUGCACACGCGCUCAGUCUCAUGCCACCGCAAACGGCUGGUCCAGGUGCCCGAAGGCAUCCCCAUCGAAACGCGGUCGUUGGACCUCAGUAAGAACCGGUUACGCACCAUUACGCCCCAGAACUUCUCAUCUCUGCUCCUGCUAGAGGAGUUGGACCUAAGUUCCAACUUAAUCGCCUCCAUCGAAUCCGGCAGUUUCCGCGCUCAACCCCGACUGCGCUCGCUUCGUCUCCGCAGUAACCAGCUGACCCUGCUUCCGCGUGGCGCUUUGGCGGGCCUUGGCGAACUCACGCUAUUGGACGUCAGUCAGAACCGACUGGUUAUUCUGCUCGAUUAUGCUUUCGAAGAGCAACGGAGGCUGCGCGUGUUGGAGCUCACGGAUAACGAACUGGUCUUCAUCGCCCCUAGAGCUUUCAGCGGACUGUCCUCCUUACGUUCGCUCACACUGCAGAGAUGCAACUUAAGUGCUGUGCCAACGCAUGCCCUGGCGCACCUACAUGGCUUGACCACCCUACGACUGAGGGAACUGGGCAUCGCUGACCUUCAGCCGCACCCCUUCAAGGGCUUGGGACGCCUGCGACACCUGGAGGUAGACAGCUGGCCUGAGCUGGAGGCGAUUCCCACCCCGGCUCUACAGGGACUGAACCUCAGCACUCUGUCCAUCACGCGCACCAACAUAUCAUUGGUGCCGAUGAUAAGGCACCUGAUCUUCCUCACACAUCUAAACGUGUCCUACAGUCGCGUGCGGGUUCUGCCAGCUGGCUGGCUGCGGGGGUUGGAGCGCCUGGAGGAGUUGCGCGUGCGGCAGGCGCAGCUGCAGAACGUGGAGUCGGGAGCCUUUCAGGGCGCCCUGUCCCUUCGCCUGCUUGAUCUCUCCCACAAUCACCUGACCACUCUUGAGAUGUCCACAAUACCCACGCCGGACAACUUGCAGAGCUUGCUGAUUGGCCAGAAUCCCCUGGUCUGUGACUGCCGUCUGCGCUGGCUGCUGCAGAGGACCCCACCCUUCCUGUUUGGAGAAGUGCAGCCUGAAUGCAGCGCGCCUGCCGCCCUGGCGAAGAAGCCGCUACGCGAAGUGGUGGAGCCGCUCCUUUCUCGAUACGUCACCUGCACCAAGCCGAGGGUCGUCUCCGUGGCAACACAGCCCUCGCAGGCAGAGGAGGGUCAGAGGGCUUGGCUUCAUUGCAGUGCAGUUGGAGCCCCGCCCCCCUCUGUCUCUUGGGUAACGCCACACAGACGUCACAUCACCAUCAAGAGCACUGGCAGGCUAAUCGUCCACAACAACGGGUCACUUGAGUUCCGCGUGGCUGAGCCGCAGGACAGCGGCGUUUACAUAUGUGUGGCGUCGAACCCAGCAGGUAACACCACCCUGUCUGUUUCACUUGCCGUUAAGAGCCUGGGUGUUAGAGACAGAGCGUUAUACAUGAACCGCUCUAUGACCUUUGACCCCGACUACAACAUCUCGUUUACCAAUGGCACAGAGCGCUAUACCAUCAGGGUGGUGCUAGACUUCACGACUAUUCUGGUUUCCACAGCGAUGGGCUGCCUCAGCUUCCUGGGGGUGGUCUUAUUCUGUUUCCUGCUGCUGUUUGCAUGGAGUCGAGGGAAAGGGAAGCACAGAGGCAGUGUUGACAUCCAGUAUGUUCCGCGAAAGAGGAAAGGAGCUAACACGGAGAUCGCAGAGACCAGCGGACCCAGACGAGUCAACAUGAAGAUGAUAUGA